UAUUUACUAUUCAUUAGAUUGUCACUUCAGUGUAUUAAUUUUUGUUGAUUAUGGUUAAAUAUCUUGUUAUAUAAGCUAUUCUCUGCUGCACAUUAUUAUUCAUAAGGGAUUGUGUAUAGUAGUGAGAUUUUGUUACCGGAUGAGGAGGAGUGUUAGAACUAUAAUUAUAUACAUUUCGCGGCUUUUACUAACACUUUCCGAUUGUAGUAGUUAAUAGUAGUGGUAUUUACCUAUGCUCCACUUUUUUGGAUUAAAAUUGAUUAGCUGUAUCUAUUACAGUAUGUAUUUUAUUGCAAGGUUAGAGAUACUGGUUGUCGGAUUUAUGAGUAAAUUAAUUAGGUGAAGCAGGAAAGUUAGAGAGAUGGCCAGUUGUUUGCAUUUUGGUGUUGGGGGCGUCAAUUUGUCAGCUCGAGGCGUUAUUAAGACACUGUGUUUGUUGUGAGGGUUGUGACAGGGAUAUAAUAUAUUUGAAUUCCAGUUAAGGAUGUAACCAAAAUUAAUGCUGUUGACAGACAGAGCAAAUCGUUUUUUUACUAUAGGAAGACUGAUGUUGAUAGAUUGUUCACCAAAUUGUGUUUUAAGAAUAUGUCAGGCUGAGGUAAAUAAUUGAUCAGUUGUAAAUUUAGUUGCCUAUCCUCAUUGAUUUGUGGCUGUACAUGAAUUACUAUAUUAUGCUUCUCAAUCGGUUAAGAUUGGACAAAUAUCAUGAACUUGGAGUUUGGUAUUGGUGCCAGAACUAAUUUUUUACUACUUCAAACUGUACAACACUCUGAGUGAACUUGCUGAGUCACAGUUGACAUGACAUUUUGAAUCUUGUGGGAGUAUGUUAAGGAUGAACCGAGCCAUAGACUGGAGGUUUCUGCAAUUAAUACUGGAAAUUCUUCUUCGCUCUACUAUCCCUUGUUAGAAUCCAAGAACAGAGAGAACUUCCGCUUCUACUUGGAAAUACACCAAGAACUGAGCAACAACAUGGUGACAUUUGUACUUCGUGGCACCGUGGACCAUUUUCAGUUUUAAAUUUUUGACUCGGGUUUAGAUCUCAUUUUGGAUGCAUAUCACACGUCAGUAUGUAUACUAUUUGUCAUUGCUGAACAGGAUGAUGCAGACACAGAGUGGGUCACAUACUGUAAAAUCUCAUGGAUAUACUGUGGCAAGGACACACAUGCAUGACUGGUUGAUACUAAUACUUUUGGUGGUGAUAGAUGUCAUUCUAAAUAUUAUUCACCCAUUUUAUCGGUAUGUUGGAAAGGAUAUGAUGAGUGAUCUCAAGUUCCCCUUAAAAAGCAACACUGUUCCAAUAUGGGCUGUUCCUAUAUAUGCAGUUGCUCUGCCAAUGGUCAUCUUUCUCAUCUUCUAUCUUCGUAGGAGAGAUGUUUAUGAUCUUCAUCAUGCCAUAUUAGGCCUCUUAUUCUCUGUUCUAGUAACUGCGGUUAUUACAGAUGCAAUAAAAGAUGCUGUUGGUCGACCUCGGCCAGACUUUUUCUGGCGUUGUUUUCCUGACGGAAAAGAUGUCUAUGAUCAAUGGGGAAAUGUUAUUUGUCAUGGUAACAGAAGUACCGUAAGAGAAGGGCAUAAAAGUUUUCCAAGUGGACAUACUGCGUGGUCAUUUGCUGGGAUGGGAUUUCUGUCACUCUAUCUAUCUGGAAAGGUAAAAGCAUUCGAUCGCGGAGGCCAUGUUGCAAAACUCUGCAUUGUAUUCUUCCCCCUCUUAAUUGCAUCACUUGUUGGGAUAUCUCGAGUGGACGACUAUUGGCACCACUGGCAGGAUGUUUUUGCUGGAGGUCUCAUAGGUUUGACAAUAGCCACAUUUUGCUAUUUGCAGUUCUUCCCGCCUCCCUAUCACAGUCAAGGUUGGGGUCCAUAUGCAUAUUUCCGAAUGUUGGAGGAAUCACUCGUAAACGGGCGUGUGCCGGAUGCUGCAACUACCUGCAAUGCACAGCUUGCAAGUACUCAAACUGUGCCCCAGCAACAUGAUAGAAAUUUCAGUGGACUAGCUUCAAAAGGUACUUCCACUCAGCAGACAGUUGAAGAUUUGGAAGCUGGGAGGAGCUAGUGUUGAAGCGCAUCAUAUCCUCCUCUGUAUGGACACAUGUGAAUAACUCUCUUAGCUUGUGUUAUUAUAGACGGGGAUGGUAAAUAUCGAGUGAGAUGAACUAUGGUGCAAAUACCUGGAGCAUAAAGCCCAGGCUUUAAGUUUGCAAAUACCUAGAGCAUAAAGCCCAGGCUUUAAGUUUUUUUUGGUCAGGCCUAGACUUUUAGAAACCGACUUAAAACCACAAGUUGGAGGUACUUUUUUCAAUGUCUUAAAUUUUUUUGAA